AUGGAUCUGGCCCUUCAGCCCCACCUGCCAUUCACCAAAGCCUCAACAGAAAUGGUCUCAGUGGAAUGGAGGCUGUCAAGAGGCUCAGGAGGAGCUCAGCAGAGAGAUAAUGAAGUGGAAGUGGAGAAACUCUGCAAUUUUCAGGCUAUUGUACAGCACCUGGAUCUAAGUAAAGACAGUAUUAAGUACACUGUGAGCCGGCCCAUUAUAAACAACAGUCAUCAUACAGAUGUUGUGCUUGACAUGAAACUCUACGCUAUUCUGGAUAUGAGAGAAAUUGACCAGACCUUAAUUUCUUACAUUUGGGUUUAUUUGUCAUGGAAAAACGAGUACACUAAGUGGGAUCCAGAUCAAUUCUGUGGAAUUAAACAAAUAACAAUUCCUACUGAAUAUUUGUGGAUGCCAGAUAUAACUAUUUCAGAGAUGACAGAGAGAGACAAAGCCUCUCCGAGUCCUUAUCUCUCCAUUGAAAGCGGUGGUUUGGUUGAAUACAGAAAUGACCAGGUGAUCGUAAGCACCUGCAAGCUGCACGUGUACAAAUUCCCUUUUGAUGUUCAGAGGUGUAACCUCUCCUUUAAGUCUAUCAUGCACUCUGAUGAAGAAAUAAAGUUACAAUUCAACGAAACCAAUAAUACGGUCACAGAAUGGUCUCGAAAUGUGAUGCAGACACAAUACGAGUGGCUGUUUAUCAACAUGUCAGUUACCACCAAAACUGUCAAUGAAUUUGACUUCAACCAACUUAUGAUUGUUUACACUAUUACCAUGAAGAGGAGGUCUGUCCUCUACAUUGCCAAUUUCUUGCUGCCAGUCUUCUUCUUCUUGGUUCUGGACUUAGCCUCCUUCCUGAUAUUAGACAGUGGAGGUGAGAAGCUCGGCUUCAAGAUCACUGUCCUGCUCGCUGUCACAGUGAUGCAGCUUCUUCUCAAUGAGAUUCUGCCCAGCUCUUCAGACAGUAUUCCACUUAUAGCUGUCUAUUGCAUUGGGGUUUUUGCUCUGAUGCUGCUCAGCCUCCUGGAGACAAUUUUGGUGAUGCAUCUGAUUGAGAAAGACUCGCCAGCCCAGGAUAAUGAGACAGAUGGAAACCAAAGCCUGGUGGAGUGCUGUGAGGAGAAACAGGACAUAUCCAACUUUCACAGCUGUUUUAGAGCUUGGAAAAAGAAACCUCCGUCCUGUGGAAAGAAGCUGAAAUUCACCCCUUAG